UUUAUUCAACAAAAUUGGGCCUCGAUUUCUCUAACAAUUUCGCUGGAAGUAAAAAAUGAAACCAGUGCGAUGGCGUGUUUACAUCACGUUGUUAAUCCUCGCUUCGGAAAUCGCCGUCUUACUUGGAAAACCUGCUAAGAAAUCGCGGAAAAGUGGAAGAAGAAUCUUUGACACGACGCCAAAGCUAACGCGAAGAGAAUGGGAAGAACUUCACAAGUUUGAAGAUGCGCUAAAAAACGACAAUGGAGAGUUAAUGUUCACGAACUCCUGGGCGCUCAAACUCGAUCCCGCGGAGAUUAAAGUCGCAGACAGGAUUGCUAAGAAACAUGGUUUUAUAAACUACGGCCAGGUUGGCUCUCUCACAGGAUAUUAUCAUUUUAAACAUGAAGGCAAAGGCUUAAGACACAAGCGUGAUGUGCACGAAAAAACCAAGCUACUGCUAUCUGAAGAUGAAGUUGUGUGGGCAGAACACCAACAUAUUUUAGUAAGAUCUAGAAAGGAUGGAAUCCCAUCUGAUCCUAAGUUUAGAGACCAGUGGUAUCUUUUAAAUCAAGGGCAAUCCACUGGCCCGGCUGGUGUCGAUCUUGAUGUGAUGCCUGUUUGGCGGCAAGGGAUCACGGGAAGAGGAGUGGUCAUUAGUAUUCUUGAUGAUGGAGUUGACCAUACUCAUCCAGAUCUUAGAGAUAACUUUGACCAAAAGGCAAGUUAUGAUUUUAACGACAUGGAUGCUGAUCCAAAGCCAAGAGACAGCGACCCUGAUAACUGUCACGGUACACGGUGUGCUGGAGAGGUGGCAGCGGUCGCUAACAACAGUGUAUGUGGAGUGGGUGUAGCUUACGAUGCUAAUAUCGGAGGUGUGCGGAUGCUAGAUGGUCAGGCUACAGAUGUGUUGGAAGGAAGUUCAUUGAGUUUCCAGUCUGAAUACAUCGACAUCUACAGUAACUGUUGGGGGCCCAAAGAUGAUGGAAAAACAUUUGGCAAACCUGGAAAACUUGCACAAGAGGCGCUUAUGCAGGGAGCUCUUAAGGGUCGUGGCGGUAAAGGUAACAUCUACGUUUGGGCGACCGGCAAUGGAGGUCUUACAGAUGACGACUGCAACUGUGAUGGCUACACUACCAGUAUAUAUACCAUAUCGGUUGGGUGUAUCGGUGAUCAUGGUCUCUCCGCCUACUACACCGAGUUGUGCUCCUCCACGCUGGCUGUCACUUUUAAUGGAGGCUCUCACAGGGAGAAGGAGGAAAACAAAAUGGUAACGACAGAUUUGCAUCAUAAGUGCACAGAAGAGUUUAAAGGCACAUCAUCUGCCGCGCCUCUGGCUGCAGGAAUGUUUGCCCUCGUUUUACAAGCGAACCCAAACCUUUCAUGGCGAGAUGUCCAGCAUCUUGUGGUUGAAACAGCUCAGGUGACAAGCCCUGUUGACGAAGGCUGGAUGAAAAAUGGUGCUGGUUACCAUUUUAAUCACAAGUUUGGCUUUGGGAGGUUAGACGCCGCUGCCAUGGUAAGAAGAGCGAAAACAUGGAAGAAUGCUCCUCCCCAAAGAACAUGUCACGGACCUUCCAGUCAGACGCAACAAGAAAUUCCCGCCGGCGGAACUUUAUCUAUCACCAUCGACACAAUAGCUUGUGACGGUACCGACAAAGAAAUCAACAAGUUGGAACACGUGACUCUGACCGUCAGCUUUCAACACCGGCGGCGUGGUGACGUUAGCAUCGAUCUUUUCUCGCCGAGCGGGACUAGGAACGAAAUGCUGUCGACUCGGCGUUACGACGAUUCAAAGAACGGCCUCCAUGAUUGGACUUUCAUGACCGUGCACAACUGGGGAGAGAAUCCUAAAGGAGUAUGGGUGAUGAAUGUAACCGAUAACAUCGCUACCUUAAACAAGGGCGUAGACGUAAAUGGAUAUCUCCAACACGAUACCAGUAAACAGGAAGCGGACGUGGAGGAUUUAGAGGAGGAGGUUAUCGAUGACGAAAAGAAAACUCAAGAGCUGGAGGCAAACAAAGGUGGAGGGAAAGUUGUUCAAGACAAAGGUGCCACCUGGGAUGCACCUUACCCCGAGGGGGUCAAGAAACACAAAAUUCACACACCGGAAAAACCAGACAGUUCAAAGGGUACGGAGGGUACGGAAGGUAGGAAAGGGAAAGCAACUGUGCAUGCGGAAGUGGAAGAUGAAAAAAAUAACGUGCCUGGCAAUAUGGAGGCAGACACAUGGGGAGAGUAUGAGCCCGGGAUGUUCGGUACCUUUCUUCCGGAGGAUUUCCAAAAGGGGGUGGGUAUGAAUGAAAACCCCGGUGCUUUUGUUGCUGCAUUCGAAACACCGGAAGAAACGUCACAAGAUAAUAACUACCAAAUAGACAGAGCCUCGAAAAAGACACUUAGUAACGAGGAUGUAGGUAACGACGAGAAUGAUCAAGUUUACGGAUACGAUCGUUAUAUUUACACGAAUGAGCCUGAGGAUCAAACGAAGGCGUCCCAGACAAAACGAACGGAUACUGAUUAUCAGGGACAGCGUGUUCAGGUUACAACGGAAGAGACUGGAUCUCAGCGAGUGCAAGUCAAUAAUGGUUUUCAAGAGGAGUUUGUUCCAGGAUUAAACCCAGAAUCUGGUAGAAUUAGUUCAGGGGUGUUUUUAGAAUGGAAGCUAACAUUUUACGGGACGGGUCCCAGUGAUAGCGUGUCAGGUGAUGGAGAAGAUGAUGACGAUGAUGAAAAUGAUUCUUCAGACAUGGAUAUAGACUUGUAGAUGUUUAUGCUUUGUCGCUCUUUUUUUAUUGGCGCGAUCCUUAGGGACAUUUAUUGAAUAAUGUACAGCGAGUUUAAAGUCACUAAAAUCUAGCGACCUUCUGUCGUCACGUUAUAAUAAGAAAGCUUAUUUUACGCGCGAGUGGCUCUGUUUGGAAACAUAUGUGUGUGGAAUUGGAUUUUUGCUAUUCCACGCCAGUUAUUGACAUAUGCUAUGGUCAUUUCCAAGUCAUUUAUGCCCCUUAUGUGCAAGUGCAAAGUUCGGGGCUCAGCGUGCAGGUUCUAAUGGAGGUUGAUGGUCCAUGCAUGAUUUUACACAAUGAUUCAGUUUCAUACAAACUUGCCGUCAUAAUGGUAUCAGCUUUUUAAUUUUGCAUCUUUUAAAACUUUAGUUCAAAAUCUGUUAAAUUUCAUAGUCUAGUAGAAAAUCGAUAGCCGUUUGCAAAAGGUGCAAGAGGGUUGUAGCCAAGGGGGAGGCACUCUCGUGGUGAAAUUUUUCUGCCUCUAUUCAAGAACCGAUCAUUUUUAAACCAAUACAACAUCCUGGCAUACCCCCUAAAAGUCAGGAAUAUGCUUGUGCAGACCCCCCGUCCUUCGUCUACGCCCUUGAGGUGUAUGUUUACCGUCUUUUCUCGCCAACAGAGGGUUAUGCUUGGAGGAAAAGGACAAAUUUGACGAGUCCUAGAGGAGGGUUAAGGCAAAAUUCGAGAACACUAGCUAUUUCUAUGGUUGUUAAUAUUUACAAAUUACUUAGAAAUUUUGAUCUUGAUGGUUCCAUAGUAGACCUUUCUUCAAAAUGGUUACGGAAUUUAGACCAGAUCUAGAAGGCUUAAUCAUUUUUGAUUGUCAUAAACACGUCUAGUUUCCUUAGCAGCCU